UAAAGUUUAGGCUAUAAAGGCGAGGAAGAUCAGUUAACGUUCUACGGAAUGAUUUUUUAGUUCUUUAGUAGUGAUAGACUACUUGAUGUGAGAACACCCAAAAUCCGUAAAAUCCAACCGACACUCAGCAAACUGACUGAGAUUCAAAUAUGAAAUGACGGCCGCAUACUACCCGUUCAAGGUCGUUGAAACGAAACGGCGGGGGACUCUGAGUGGAUUUUACGUUUUUACCGCGCCACACUUUAGCUACAACAGAGGGCGUAAUAACCACAUACUUGGAAACCAAGUGAGACCUUGUUGACGGCUGAAUACGACACACCUGAAGUCUAAACGAUUUGAUACUUAUUUUCAUUUGCAAAUAAUGGGUUGGAUUUGAGCUUGUACAUAGUUAGAUCACUUUAUUAUACGUCUAUUCGCUAUGUUUACCCGUUUGUUGGUACAUGAUUUUUUUACCAGAAUAUAUCGCCGAUCGAGUCAGCUGUCACCAUCAAAUUCAUAUAGCAUCUACCAUUUCAGUACCUACAGACGAAAAGUCGACUUAUUGACGGUAAUAAGUGGUCGUGAGUGUCUACGAUGAUAAUCUACAUUUUCUUCCUCGCCUUAUUGUGUGGAAAAAUGAGCGCAUGGGAUUCUGGAGAACUCCAAAUGUUUGAUUUAGUUGAAGAAGUCAAGGAAAAUUUUUAUGACUUUCUGGGGGUUUCUCAUACUGCUGAUAUUUCUGAAAUAAAACGUGCUUACCGAAAGUUAUCUUCUAAACUUCAUCCAGACAAGAAUCCAGAUGAUCCUACUGCAGAACAGAAGUUCCGAAGGCUUGUAGGUAUUUACGAAGUCCUUAAGAAUUCGGAAUUACGUGCCAAAUAUGAUGAAGUGCUGAUAAAUGGUUUGCCCAGUUGGCGAACCCCAGUAUUUUACUUUAGAAAGCUCCGCAAAAUGUCUAACUACGAACUGUUUGGGUUGUUCUUUGGAAUGGCUACCAUAAUUCAUUAUGCUACACUUUGGGGCUCAGUUUUUGAGAAGCGGCUUACUUUGGAAGAUCAACUUAGCACUUCUUUAAAACGUCACAAAGCUCGCGAUCGGAAGUUGGAACUAAUAAACCAAGAGAUAUCUGACGAACUUCAAAAGAUUCCCGCUCCCGGAUGGUUUGAUUUGCUUCCGUUCGCUAUUGUCAGAUGGAUAUAUGCUAUCAUCACAUUUAUUCCUGUUUUCACUGAAUUUAUUAACGGAAAGAUUUCUGAGAAAUUACAAGAACGUCGUGAACUCAGGGAAGAAGUUCGAGUUCUUCAAGAAAAAAAAGAAAAACUUAAGGCUGAUAAACAAGAACGCAAACGUCGCUUAGUACACGAACAAACAAUCCUUAGAGAAGUUGAAAAGGAGGCUGGCCAAUCAACUUUGAAUUCAGUCCUUACAGACAUCCCUAAUAUUGAAACUGAGAGUUCUGAUGAAUAUUCAAAAAGUGAAGCAAAAGAUUCUGUUUAUCGAGAAUGGUCAGAAGUGGACAGAGACAAUUUAGUUCGUGCGGUAAUUCGAUAUCCUGGAGGUGUUCCUGGGAGAUGGCAACGUAUCGCAGAAUCUCUUGGUCGUAGUGUUCCUGAUGUUAUUCGUCAAGCGAAAUAUAUGAGUAAAGAAUUAAUGUCUAUUUCUCAAAAAAAUAUAAAUCCUGAUGAAAUCCCAACCUUUGAAACAAAUGUAAAUAAUUUCUGUGGAGAAAGUAAUUCUGAACAAAGUAAUAAUCAAUCAGACGAAUCAGGUGAAGAACAAUAUUCAAAGAAACGACUUCGUAAACGUUUAUUGAGACGAAAAGAACCAUGCGUUAUCAAUCAAACAAAUGGAGAAACUCAACUGAAUGCGAAUAAUGAUUUGUCUUCAGACGUCGUCAUAGUUGAUGAACCAUAUAUUAGUCGAAAAAAACUCAAACAACAGAAAGAUGAAGCAACACUUAAAUCUACAGAAAUUAAACCUAUCAAAAGUAAUGAUGGAUGGACUAAAGUAGAACAACAACAGUUGGAGGUCGCUAUACGCUCUAUUGGUAAAGGGACACCUGAGCGGUGGGAUCGGAUCACAGAAUGUAUCCCAACAAGAACAAAGGCAGAAGUGAUGGCUCAUGUGAAGUAUCUCUCAACUCUUGUUCAGCAAAAACACUGAACUAUCCCUUAUUGUGUUAUCAUUCCCUCAGGUAUAUAUUUAUAACCCCCCCCCCAUGUUUCAGACUGUGAUCUUUCAUCCCUUAUAGUGUGAUAUAAUCCAUGUAUUUAUACUAAAAUUGCAAAUUAUUUUCUGGAGGACUUCGUUUUUGUUUCGAACAAUUCAUGUUUUUCUAUUUCAUCUUACAAAAAUGAUCGAUUCUUCACAAGUCACAGAUCACGUCUGGACUUGUAUCCUUAAAGUAAAAAAGUCAUUAUGUUUAAUCACUAUCACUGAAGUGCAGUUAUCAUAGAUUGGUAUGAGCCGCCCAUAUUUUGACAAACUUGUGAUGAAUGACAUUCAGUGCUAUGUUAAAGAUAGUAACCUACAGCAGUGAGUUAAAUUAAAAAAAUAUAACAAUUCGGACAAGUUU